UUUGUUAGGAAUUAAAAGUGUUCAUUUUGCAUCAUUGAGGAUGAUUGUGAUCCAGAAUGUGGGGAGCUCUUCCCCAGUGAAGUACAGGAGAAAGUGUGUUAAGAGGCUUCAGUGGGGCGUCCUCUUGGUCUUGAUGGUACUCAUCUAUGGCUCUCAUGCACCACUCAUCACCCUGACCAAAGUAAACGGUCAAGUCCCUUUCGACCCCUCCUCAUGUGUCGUCAUAAUUGAAUUAAUCAAACUCCUGAUCUCUCUGGCGACUCUUGUUCUAACUGGGGGUAUAUCCGCCUUACAUUCUUCUCCACCUGUAGUCCUUGUGGCUCCAUAUGCAAUCCCUGCCAUACUUUACGCCCUCAACAACAACCUGGUAGUUGUUAUGCAGGACUACAUGGACCCAAGCUCAUACCAAGUCCUCAGCAACCUAAAAAUUGCCUCCACUGCCCUGCUGUACUCCUUUUGCCUGGGCAAGAGGCUCAGGCGUGGUCAGUGGUUAGCUUUGGGGCUCCUCAUGGGAGCUGGUGUGUGCCACAGCUACAGCAGCCUGGAUCUAGGAGACCCUGACAGAGAUGAAGUGGAGCAAGGCCCAAAGCUUCAUAUUACAGCUUGGGGGCUUUUCCUUGUGCUAGUGUACUGCUGUGUUUCAGGGCUGGCAGCAAUUUACACAGAGAGGGUGCUGAAGAGCCAAAAGCUGCCCCUCAGUCUGCAGAAUCUCUACCUCUAUAUGUUUGGUGUGGCCAUCAAUGGGCUGUCCUCCUUCUCUGCUGUAACAAGUGAAAAGAGCUUCCUGGAGGGAUACUCAGGGGCGGUUUGGGCGAUUAUAGCAGGGCAGGCAGCUAACGGACUCCUGAUGUCUGUGGUGCUAAAGCAUGGCAGCGGGAUCACCAGACUGUUUGUCAUUUCCUGCUCCAUGCUAGUUAAUGCUCUGUUGUCCUGGGCCAUCUUAGGGCUGCAGCUCACUCCUUUUUUCCUCCUACCAGUUUCUAUGAUUGGACUGGCAGCUUACCUUUAUUACAGAUAGUGGAGUCUUCACCAAACAAAUCACAAGGAUCAACUGACCUGAAACGAACUCCCAUUACAAACUGUUCAUCUCCCAGUUCUUGAGAUUUUGUUUCAAAUGUGAUUUUGUUUUCUGCCUUCUGUCGAUCUGCCUUUUUUAGUCUAAUUUUUUCAUCCAAAAUCCAACAUGUGUCUAAUUUGUAACCAUAUUACCAUGUCAUGUCAACUGAAGCAUAAUUUGACCAUCUGCAUCACAUUUAAAGGUCCAGUUUAUAAGUUUAUUACAGUAUUGCAAGUACAUUGAAAUAAUAAUGCAAGUAAAGAUAAUUAUAUGUUUCAGUUACACAUUUCUGAAGAAUGC